AAAUAACGUUAAUCUCUCCAAUCUCUCUCUACUUGUUUGUUCCCACCAACUGACCCACUUCAAAAAAUAAAAAAAUCUACUCCGCAAUGCUUUAUUAUUCCAAACCGCUCCACCUCCGUUAUUAGUUUAUUUAUUACUGCCUGCCAAAAAACCAACAAAAACAAACACCACCUUAACCUUUCACUAUUUGUAACCCCCCAUUUGUUCCCUUUCCCACUUCAGAUACGGGGAAGAGAAUGGGACAAGAAUCAGAUUACAAAACCCAGUUGGUGUUGGAGGUUUGCUCCAUUUCCACACGUUCUGUUGUGUGUGUUCAUAGACAUGUCUCAAACCAUCAUGUUAAGCCACCUUUCAUAGAUUGGUAUUGCAUUCUUGGAGUGGAAGAAAAUGCAGGGGUGAGCACCAUUCGCAAGCAAUACCAUAAACUUGCCUUGCAACUUCAUCCGGACAAGAAUACACACCCGAAGGCUGAAAUUGCAUUCAAGCUUGUCUCUGAGGCUUGUAUAUGUCUGUCUGAUGCUGCAAAAAGGAAAGCUUUUGACUUAAAGAGACACAAGAAUUUCUGCUUUGAGUGCAAUAGAAUCCCUUAUACAUCCAAACGUGUCCCUAACAAUUCCAAUGGUUCAAGUUUCAAGACAUGGAAUAUCAUUUGGGACUCAAGAUCUUACAAAGUUUGGAGAAAUAUUAGGAACAUGAAAGAUAGACUGAAGGAGGAGGCCAAGGUGAUAGAGAACUGUCUUAGGAAAAAUUCAAUGGCAAAGAAAGAAUCUCCCCUCUACAAUCCAGAUGACUAUAGACAUGGAAGCAGUUUCAAGCAUAAAGUUGAGAGAGAAAUCCCUGUUUUUAAUCCAUUAAAAAACUUGCACAAAGGGUACCCUCAUUUGAGGGGCAAUGUUUACAAGAAUUCUGAGACAUGUUGGUGGUACUUGCAUACACAAAAUCUUGUGCACAAUGACAAGGGGGAAGCCAAGUAUGCAUCCCCGGUUUUUGAGGUCAGAUCACAAAGGAGCAUGCUCUCAACAAGUAAAUUUGCUUAUGUCCCAUCAUAAUGCUAGCUUUAACAUUUUUUUACAUUCAA